AUGGCCCAGCUCACCUGGAACGACAUCUUCGACUUCUCGUCCCUCGACGAGCCCUCCGCCGCUACGCCACCGCCGCCCUCCGACCCUACCCAACACGACAUCUGCUGCGACUACGCGUGUUGCGGGCUGUCCCUCCCCGACCUCCACGCCCUCGUCGACCACUUUGAGGAACACCACGUCCUCGUCCUCGGCCAGGACGGCCGCCCGACAUGUUCGCCCCUCAUCCUCAGCUACCCGCAGCCCGACCCCCCCGCAGAGCCCAGCUCCCUCUUCGGCGCGUCCUCCCCCUUCGCGUCCACCACCCACGGCCACUUGUACCCCACCCUAGACGGCCUCGAGCACGACUUCUCCGACGGCACCUCCGACUCCGCCUCCUCCAGCUCCACGCUCCCCUCGCCAAAUCCCAGCGAGCCCAUGUGCCUCCCGCCCUCCCUCCUCACCGUCCACCCGCCGCUCCCCCCAGACGUCCUCACGCCGCGCGAUGCCGCGAUCGGACGCCACAAAGAUCAGCGCCCUGCGCAUCCCAAGUCCGCACCGGCGCCCGCAAAGCACAGGGCGUCCAAGGCCAAGGCUCAGCUCCUGGGCACGGGCCCCCAUCCCAACAUCCAGCCCGUGCCACACGCCGAGACGCAGAAGAAGCGGCGCUCGCGCGAGCGCGAGAAGGCGUACAAGUGUCCCGCGUACCUCAACCCCAACGGGCUCAAGUAUCACCUCGAGAAGGGAACGUGCACGAUCGUGACCCAGCCCGAGCCGGCACAGGACCCCCCGCCGGCGGGCAACGCGCAUUGA